CCUUGUCUGUCCUCACCUGUUAUUCUUACUUGCCUGUUUGUUGGGUUACACUACCAGACAGCCUCCGUCCAACACACCCCUGAAUAAUUCUGUCUAGAGUGCAGAGGGUGGAUUGUGCUCUUCCACGAUGUGAAGCUCUAAGCAAAAGACAGAGCGCAGAGGAAUGAAUUCCCUCUGAAACCCAGAGUGAGGAGGGCAGGAAAUAAUUCAGAAGCAGCUCCAACAGCAGCAGCAUCGGCAUCAACAGCGGUGGCAGCAGUGAGCGUGAGAGAGACGGAGAGAGAGGGAGUGUGUGUGUGUGAGUGUGUGUGCGAGAGAGCUUGAGUGAGAGCGAGUUCCUAUGCACUGUGCUGAGUGUAGCUGAGCUGUGCCGUCGUGUGGCAAGCUGUGUGUUCCCUUUUGGUUCCCGUGCGCUCUGGCGAGGCAGAGCUUACAGAAGGGGAGAGAUGUGGCUUCACUCGGAGCCCCAGCAUCAGUGAAGACCAGCACCUGGCCGGGGCAUCACAGAGCAGCAUGGUAGGACUAGAGACCCACUGCUGACAGCAGCGUGACUGAUGAUGACAGCCCACGCGUGGGUUACCAUGCGCCACAGCCGCGCUGCUCUAGGAGGAAACACAGCCAUGUGAAAGUGACUCGGCUGCCAGCAACUCUUGGACAUGUUUUCCAGGGCAAAGUCUGGAUUUCGUUUUGUGUUUGAACUUGUUUUUUUCUCUUGGUGCUGUCUGGCUGUCCCGAACUCACUUAUCAGGCAAGGACUAAAGGCAGAUGGAACAAGGGGGGAUCCCGUCUGCGCCAGGAGGACUCCCCACCCCGGAUUGUGGAGCACCCCUCUGACCUGAUCGUCUCCAAAGGGGAGCCGGCCACUCUCAACUGUAAGGCGGAGGGGCGGCCCACCCCGACGGUGGAGUGGUACAAGGACGGAGAGCGGGUGGAGACGGACAAAGAUGACCCACGUUCACACCGCAUGCUGCUGCCCAGCGGCUCGCUUUUCUCCUUCGCAUCGUUCACGGACGACGGAGCAAACCGGACGAGGGAGCCUACGUCUGCGUGGCCCGGAAUUACCUGGGAGAAGCCGUCAGCCGCAACGCGUCUUUGAAGUAGCAUUGCUGCGAGAUGACUUCAGACAAAACCCGACAGACGUGGUGGUGGCAGCAGGGGAGCCGGCGAUCCUUGAGUGUGUUCCUCCCAGAGGCCAUCCUGAACCCACCAUCUACUGGAAGAAAGACAAAGUGCGAAUAGACGACAAGGAUGAUAGGAUCACCAUUCGAGGAGGGAAGCUAAUGAUUUCCAACACAAGAAAGAGCGACGCUGCCAUGUACAUCUGUGUGGGUACCAACAUGGUCGGAGAGAGGGACAGCGAGACGGCACAAGUUACAGUGUUUGAGCGACCAACCUUCCUCCGGAGGCCCAUCAACCAGGUGGUCUUGGAAGAGGAGAUGGUGGAGUUCCGCUGCCAAGUACAAGGAGACCCUCAGCCAAAUGUACGCUGGAGGAAAGACGACAUCGAUGUUCCUCGUGGGAGGUAUGAGAUCAAGUAUGACAAGGACGACUACGUGCUGAGAGUGAAGAAGGCUUCCGUUAACGACGAGGGCGCGUUCACCUGUGUGGCAGAAAACCGUGUGGGCAAGCUGGAGGCCUCCGCCACUCUCACAGUCAGAGCUCGCCCUGUUGCUGCGCCCCAGUUUGUCAUCCGCCCAAGGGACCAAAUUGUGGCUCAAGGCCGCACUGCCACCUUCCCGUGUGAAACCAAAGGAAACCCUCAGCCUGCUGUCUUCUGGCAGAAGGAGGGAAGUCAGAAUUUGCUCUUUCCCAACCAACCCCAGCAGCCCAGCAGUCGCUUCUCGGUGUCACCCAGCGGAGACCUCACCAUCUCAUCUGUGCAGCGGGCAGAUGCCGGUUACUAUAUCUGCCAGGCGCUGACCGUCGCCGGCAGCAUCCUCGCCAAGGCUCAACUGGAGGUCACAGAUGUGCUCACAGACAGGCCGCCGCCCAUCAUUCGCCAAGGCCCGUCCAAUCAAACGCUUGGGGUGGACAGUGUGGCGCUGUUGAAGUGCCAGGCAUCAGGAGACCCCAUCCCCUCCAUCAGCUGGCUGAAGGAUGGGAUCAGUCUGCUGGGAAAGGACGCCCGCAUGUCCCUGCAGGAGCUGGGCAGCCUGCAGAUCAAAAAUGUCAAGCUCUCAGACUCGGGGGUCUACACAUGUGUGGCCACCAGCUCCAGCGGUGAAACAUCAUGGAGCGCUUUCUUGGAAGUCAAAGAAUCAGGUGGAGUGAUUGUCGUGAAAAACCAUGAUGAGAAUGAGCUUCCAGGCCCGCCGUCUAAACCUCAGGUCACUGAUGUCACCAAGAACAGUGUGUCCUUGUCCUGGCAGCCUGGGAUGGCUGGAGCAUCGCCUGUCUCCUCGUUUGUCAUUGAAGCUUUCAGUCAAUCAGUGAGCAACAGCUGGCAAACAGUAGCCGAUCAUGUGAAAACCACCCAGUUUACUGUCAAAGGUCUCCGUCCCAACACCAUAUACCUGUUCAUGGUCCGAGCGGUCAACAGCCAGGGCCUGAGUGAUCCCAGCCCCAUGUCUGAUCCUGUCAGAACACAAGAUAUAAGUCCUCCAGCGCAAGGUGUCGACCACAGGCACGUACAGAAGGAGCUCGGUGAGGUCAUAGUUCGGUUGCACAACCCAGUUGUCCUGAGUCCCACAACCAUUCAGGUCACAUGGACGGUGGAUCGUCAGUCCCAGUUCAUCCAGGGUUACAGAGUCCUGUACAGGCAGACAUCAGGGCUGCCUUCACCAGGCCCCUGGCAGACCCAGGAUGUGAAGGUCCCCUCUGAGCGCAGCGUCGUCCUCUCCUCGCUCAAAAAGGGCAUCGUGUACGAGAUCAAGGUCCGACCUUAUUUCAACGAGUUUCAAGGCAUGGACAGCGAAUCCAGGACGGCACGGACGACUGAGGAAGCUCCCAGCGCCCCCCCUCAGCAGGUAACAGUUCUGACUGUGGGCAACCAGAACAGCACUUCCAUUAGCAUCUCCUGGGACCCCCCUCCGCCGGACCACCAGAACGGCAUCAUCCAGGAGUACAAGAUCUGGUGUCUGGGGAACGAGACCCGUUUCCAUGUGAAUAAGACGGUGGACGCAGCCAUACGCUCAGUGGUGGUGGGCGGGCUGCAGGUGGGAGUGGUGUACAGGGUGGAGGUGGCUGCCAGCACAAGUGCAGGUGUUGGAGUCAAGAGUGAACCUCAGUCUAUUAUUAUUGGUAAGGAAUUCCGGGACGUGAUUAUACAUGGAAACCGGAACAACAGCAUCACGGAGCAGAUCACUGAUGUGGUGAAGCAGCCUGCCUUUAUCGCCGGUAUCGGAGGGGCCUGCUGGGUCAUCCUCAUGGGCUUCAGCAUUUGGCUCUACUGGAGGAGGAAGAAGAGGAAGGGCCUGAGCAACUACGCAGUUCAGUCCUUCACCUUCACCCCUGCAGUGACAUUCCAGAGAGUCGAUGGUGGUUUGAUGAGCAAUGGAAGCCGGCCAGGCCUGCUGAAUGCCAGUGACCCUGGUUACCCCUGGUUAGCGGACUCUUGGCCGGCCACCAGCCUGCCUGUCAACAGCAGCUCCGGGGGACCCAAUGACCUGAGUAACUUUGGUCGAGGAGAUCUCCCCUCGGGGCAGGGGGAUAAGACAGGCACCAUGCUCUCCGAUGGAGCCAUCUACAGCAGCAUAGACUUUACCACCAAAGCUAACUACAACAGCCCUGGCCAAACAUCCCAGGCCACUCCCUACGCCACCACCCAGAUCCUCCACUCCAGCAGCAUCCACGAGCUGGCUGUGGACCUGCCCGAGGCCCAGUGGAAGGCCUCGCUCCAGGCCAAGCAGGAGAUGGCCAGCCUGGGGUACUCGCUGCCCGACAAGAACUCCUGCAACAACACCCUCCUUUUCAUUCCCGACUACCGAUUGGCCGACGGAUUGUCUAAUAGAAUCCCACACAACCAAUCACAAGAUUUCAGCACCACCAGCUCUCACAACAGCUCAGAGCGAAGCGGCAGUCUCUCAGGUGGAAAGGGAGGAAAGAAGAAGAAGACCAAGGCUGGCUCCAAACCCACUAAAGCCAAUGGAUCCAACUGGGCCAAUGUCCCCCUCCCCCCUCCCCCUAUACACCCUCUCCCUGGCACCGAGAUGGACCAUUAUCCCAAUGAGCAUCACGACGGAGGAGGGUAUGAGAGUGACGGUUGGGGCCCGCCCAUGCCCGUGCAGACCUAUCUCCACCAGGGCAUGGAGGAUGAGCUGGAGGAGGAGGAGGAGAGGGUUCCCACCCCGCCCAUCCGAGGGGUCGCCUCCUCCCCAGCUGCCGUGUCCUUUGGACAGCAGUCCACGGCCACCCUUACCCCUUCUCCUCGGGACGAGAUGCAGCCCAUGCUCCAGGCCCAUCUGGACGAGCUGACCAGAGCAUACCAACUGGACAUGGCAAAACAGACAUGGCACAUGCAGGUGGGCUCUCUUCCUCCACAGGCUCCCGCUCCUCCAGUGGGCUACGUGUCGAGCACAAUGGUUUCUGACCUCGACACUGACCUGCCUGAUGAGGAUGAGGAGGAGGAGGAAGAAGAGGAGGAUGAAGGCUAUGGAGCCAGGCAUCCCCGCGGCAUUGAGCACACACCAGGGUCUAGCAUGGACAACCUGGACAGCUCUUUAACAGGCUCCAUGGUGAAUGGGUGGGGCUCAGCCUCGGAGGAUGACCGUAAUUUCUCCAGCCAUAGGUCCAGUUUGGGUAGUUCGUCCGAUGGCUCCAUCUUUACCCACUGCAGCUUUGCCCAAGCCCUUGUGGUCGCUGCAGACAAGGCAGGCUACCGCCUGGAGGGCACUAGCCUCAGCAAGAGAGGUAAAGGCUUGUCCCACAGGCCCCGGCCCAGCAGUCCAUUCUCAACAGAUGGCAGCACAGUCGGCACACACAGCUUGGGCCACCAGAGGGCCACCAGGCCCACACGCAAACCCCGAAGCCAGGGCACAGCACCCCACCGGAGAGAUGCUGCUGCAGAUGACCUACCUCCUCCACCUGAGCCUCCUCCCUCACAGGGACAGGGCCGUAUCCAGGGGGCCCGCAGCGUAACCAGCAUGGUGCCCCCUACAGAAAGGAAUGCUUCAUCUCUGGAGCGCCCGCCUCUGCCAGGACCUCUGUCCGGGCCGGAGGACAUGAAGAGCUCCAUUGACAGACAGACGCGCACUUCCCUGGAACAUCACCGCCAGGCUCAGGACAGGCUGGGCUCCAUGGACCGAGCUGAUGAUGGGCGCAGGGAACACAAAACAGAGGACGGGUGCCUGCCAUACAACAAACCGUGCUUUCCCUCCCCCGGUGGCCACAGCUCCUCUGGCACAGCCUCCUCUAAGGGCUCGACAGGGCCACGCAAGGCCGAGGGGCCACGACAGCCACAGCAGUGGACCGCCACAGAGCACGCUGAAUUUCUGGGGACCAAUGGACAGGGGCAGUACUCGGGAGAGUUAUAGUGAUCCGUCUGGGAUGUGAACUGGAGAAAACCCGGUCUGUCCUCGAAAGAACGACGCCCUACUUGUUGGGGCAACGAACUUUGUCCUCACCUGUGUGUUCUCAGAGGGAGGGAGUGCAGCAGAGGGCACUACAGAGAAAAGCAGUGUCACAGAACUGUAAAUGUGAUGUAUAGACACAGACAUACUGUACAUCUCACUAUGUUUUCGUCCUCGAGAAAAUAUUUUCCACCUCCUACCUUACUGUAAUUUUCUUUUUGUUAGAAAAAGGCAAGUAAAAAAAAAAAAAUGAAAACAUCUGAACGAGAACAAAUUUUCUGGUAACUGCCCUUGGGGGGGAAACGGGAAUUUUGUUUCCUGUAAAUAUAUUCUUUGACUUGUUGUUGCAUUGCUAUGCAAGCCGAAUUCAGUUUGAGCUUUUGAUUUCCAUAUACAGGAACCGUUGGUUUUAUCUGGUUAUUUGUAUUAUAUGUGAAUUGAGUGGCUGUUGUGCCAUAAAAUAAUUGUUUUAUAAUCCAUUGUUUGUUAAUAGUUACCAUUAAUUAUUAUCAUUAUUAUUAUUAAUUAUUGUUUUUGCACUGCAACUUUUGGUGAUAAGCACAAAAACAUAGCUCCUGCUGACAUGAAGAACCGGAAGAAUAUGUGAAGAGGAGUUUCUGUACUGUAAAGUAAAGAGAAGAAAAUUAUAUACUAAUGUACAGAGAGAUAUUAAAGAGUACAGCUUUGCUCACAGACAGCGACAAAUAAUAAGGCACCCAUUUCCAUAGUUGAGACUAAUCGGGUGGCAGACACACAAGGUUCCCGAAGCUCUGAAGGGCAGAUGUGAGGCUGGGAGAGUUGUACACAGAGGAUACUGCAUUACUGUAGGUGAUUAUUUAAUUCCUGAUUAACUGUCCUAAAACUAUGGUUUGUUAUAAGAAACAUUUAGUGGUCAAUGUUUGGGCAUUUAUUUUUUAUUUUUAUACAAGGGUCUCCAAGAAUUUCAAGUUUUGUUUUUAUGAUUUACUGCCUAAACACUGAGUUUUACACUCCUCAUUCUGUAUAACAGCACACUAACCAGCCAAAUCUGUCCACAUGCUGUACUUCAGUCAUAGCACUUAAGAGAGGCAGAUUAAUGAUUCCUCUAUAGCCUUAAUAGGUGAGCAAACAUCACAAAGGAGUAUUUCUUGGGAUUAGUAGCAAUGAUACUCCCACAUCUGCCUAAAAUACCAGUGGAGCAACAUCAUUUGUUUACAUUUUUUUUUUUAUUUUAUGUCUUUAGUUCCAUCAUUUUUAAUAUUGUUUGCUUUUUAGAGCACUUACGUUUUAUGUUUGUUACCUCCGCCAAGGCCAAAGGCCUAGGAAGGAGGUUAUGUUUUCACCGGCGUUGGUUUGUGGUUUGUUGGUUUGUCCGUUUGGAGGAUUACUCCAAAAGUCCAUGAUGGAUUUUAAUGAAAUUUUUUGGAGGGGUGGGAUGUGGCACAAUGAGCAAUCCAUUCGAUUUCGGUGGCGUGGGGGGAGGGGGAGGCGGGGGGGGGGCAGCGACGUACAAAACCUGCCUUGGCGGAGGUCUGCGCUCUCCGAGUGCACUUCUAGUUACAGUAUAUUAUUUGUGGUACAGUAUCAUCCGAGAAAACAACACCUGUUCGCUCCAGCUAAGUGCUGUUCAAAUGAAUCUAUUAGUUGCUCUAAAGGUUGGUGCCUCAGUUGCCAAUACACUAUAAUCAGCACAGCCUUGUGUCAGAAGAAAUGGUGUGUGUACGAUUUACAAUGUAGCUUUGACAUGAGGUGACAAUGGAGAAAAGCCUUGUAUGUUAACUAGCAGGUCCCACUGCCUCCAUGUCUACAGCCACAGUGUGGAGCAGAACACUUUCUGUCUGCCCGACCGCCACAAAACACACACGUAUCAUCUGCCGCUUCCGACUUCUCAGCCUCUGAAUCUCCAAUUUUUUGUCUUUUUCAAACUUUUUAUCGGUUGUCCUUUUUUUAAUGAAGAGCUUGUUUCUUUGUAUGCCUUUUAUGGACUCCAAAACGCUGCUUACAAACAAUGUUUUCAAUAUUAAUGUUCAGGAUUUUUGUGGUUCAAUGACUGUUUGUUUUGUCCUUUUUUUGUACUGCUAAUGUUGAUAAAAAGGGGGGGUGGAAACUAAAGGCCGUCAGAUGCUGUUGUACUGUUGUCGUCAUGCCAUCGUCAUUUUCUAUCAUCCACCCAGUGGCCAGUGUUCUGGAAAUGAGGUGCAAAGAGUAUCUCAGGUUAUUUUACAUUCUGGUGGUGUUUAUGUAUGUGUAUAUAUCCAUACGCAUCUCCACUUGAUUACGCCAUUCCAUUUGCAUUGACAAAAAUAUCCCUCUCAUGUCCGAUCCUGUCGUCCCCUCUUUUCUUUUUCUGCUGUGGAUUUUGAUUCUGAGUAUAACGUGCUGGUUCAUCCACCUUAAGACAAGAUGUCAGUAAAAGAACAUACCAAAAUUAAGAUUGAUAUUUCUAAUGUCUAAUGCGUUUUAGUGUCUCUUUAAUACUCAUUGUUUUUCUUUUAAAUCACAGUGUCGUUUUGUAUUUAUUAAAAUGAUAAUAAAGGUAUAUUGUGAAAUAUGCAUAAAGACUGGUGGAAUAUAAAAUGUGUUUUUCGUUCCUUGUAAAGUUUGCUGUCAGAGCCGAGCAGCGAGGCCAUAAGGAGAUGAUAGGCACACUGUGCUCACAGCACGGUGAGACGCCGGGUCAGUAGUCGUCUGAGUCACUCUUCGUCUUGCAUGUUCACCGCACUACUCCUCUCAUGUCAAAACGAAAGCGACUUAAAACCUUUUUCGAAACACAAGGAGCAGAAACAGCUCACAAUUUGCUUGUCAAGACAAUAGAGAAAAUGUCUUUUUGGAAGGAUGAAAGUGCUUUGGCUUUCCCUCUCUUUUGUUCAUUUUCUCAAUAUUGUUGGUUCUUUGUAGCCUAUCUGUGUGUUGCCUUUUUGCUAUAAAAAGAGGAUUAAAAAUGAUGACAAAAAGAGAAAGUUGUUGGGUGAAGUCUUUCUGUACAGUACGGGGUGAGGUGACACUCCGAUCCAAUGCCAUUUCUACAGUACAGUACAUUCUGCUUUUUAUUUUCCUUUCUGUAAACCACCUUCUGUAUUCACUUGCAUGUCCUUGUCCAAGAAGAGAGUGGAUCAAGAAAAUAAACUUUUACAGUCUCAUUCCCAUGUCCUGUAAGAUAAAUCCAUGUUCUUUUAUUUCCUUGUACCUGGAUCAAUAUCAAAUAAAAUAUUUUUGAAAAAUGAAA